AUUGGCUUUGUGGUCAUCCCUUAACAAUUGAUGAUAGGUCCUCAGUGGCCCUGUGACUUAUGAUGUAUAAGGAAGUAAACCAUGUGUCAGGAAGUAAAUCACUCUUAGGAUCAGACAAACUUAGAGCAAAUUGUACAUUGCUGAUCUGAAUGAAAAAAGGUGUUUCUUCAAAAAUGUUCUUUGGCGAUCCAGCUACGUUACUUCUUUCCGUUAUCGUGUGCCUUUGCUUGAUAAGUCUACUCUAUGGCUGGAGUGGAGCAGAUAGCAACAACUUUCCACCUGGACCAAAACCGUUACCAAUUAUUGGAAAUUUGCAUAUUCUGAAUUUAAAGAAACCGUAUAAAACAUUUUUAGAGCUAUAUAAAAAAUAUGGCUCAGUAUUCAGUAUCCAGAUAGGUUUCCAAAAAAUUGUAAUUUUAUGUGGCUAUGACACUGUGAAAGAGGCUCUUGUGAACCAUGCUGAUGAGUUUUCUGAAAGACCAAACAUUCCCUUAUUUGAAGAAAUCUCGAAAGGAUCUGGUAACUUUUUUAAAAUUGUUUAAUCUGUUGAAAUGUUUUUUCAUAGUUUUGUUUACAAAUGAUAUGUCCCUCGCUUAUCAGAAGCAUAAACAUGUCACAACACUGAAGGGAGGAGUUCAAGUUUGAUACAUUGCACUUACAGCAAAAUCCUAUUAAACCAAUGUAAGAUUUAGAUGCAAACCAAAUAAAAACAAAAUGUAUGCUUACUUGAUAAA